AUGCAGCAGCUGUCCAAAAUCGGUGAAAGAAUUUACAUGUCCUCUCCAAGCAGAGUGGAAGAAAAUACCACAGUCUAUCAUCCACUUAUGGAAAGCAUGCUCCGGAGGAAUAAGGCUGUAACUGCCUCGGUUGAAGUCCUGUAUCAAAUUUUGGUAUGGGAUUUUGUGACUGCAGUUGAAGUCCUGUAUCAAAUUUUGGUAUGGGAUUUUGUGACUGCAGUUGAAGUCCUGUAUCAAAUUUUGGUAUGGGAUUUUGUGACUGCAGUUGAAGUCCUGUAUCAAAUUUUGGUAUGGGAUUUUGUGACUGCAGUUGAAGUCCUGAACUGUGCAAUGUCACGGGAUAAACAUAGUCACCCUGAUUCCAGUCAGAACAGUUCCUUUUACAUCAUCUGCCGGAAUUUUGCCAUGCAGAGUUCCGCCCAUGGUCUUCGAAGAGCAGCCAGUGCCCGCUCGGUGUACACUCGCAUCUUUUGGAUCACUGUAUUCUUCAUGGCUUUGAUAUGCUGCACAUUUCAUUGCUCAUUUUUGGUGAAAAAUUUCUUAAGCUACCCGAGAAUGACAAUCACAGAAGAAAUUCACGCCGAUGAAAUUAGUUUCCCGUCCAUUACUGUUUGCAAUUUGAAUAUUUUUAAAAAGAGUUAUAUUGACAAGCAAUUUGAGAAACUUCGUCAAAUGACUCAAAAUCCUCCUUCAAAUAACUCUAUGAAUCCUUCUGAAAUCGAUCCAACAGCAUUCUGUUACAAGUCCAUCGAUGAAUUUCUGUACCGGAGCAAGACCGUGGAUUUGAGUGACAUAUGGAUGAGUCUGACGGUCACCAAAGACAGCCUUUUAAAGUUUGGUCAUCAAGAGGAUGAUCUCAUCAUUCAUUGCACAUAUAAUGCUAGGAACUGUUACAACAAAACAUAUUCGAUAGUCGUUGUAAAUGCUUACCCGUCUCCACGAUAUGGGCUAUGCCACACAAUAUCAGUCAAUCAACUGUCUCUUCAAAAUGUCACAACACCUGGAUUAGCGUUGGGUUUGCGAUUGACCCUGAAUAUACAAAGAGAUGAAUAUUUAAAUUUAUUAUCUCCUGAAUAUGGAGCCAGACUUUUAGUUCACCCUGCUGGUACGUAUCCAACCCUUCAAAGAGGAGGCGUGGUCUUACAACCUGGAACAAAAACAUAUGUUAGUGUCCGCAUGCGAAAAAUAGAUCGCUUACCAUGGCCUUAUGGUGAGUGCACUUAUGAAUUCGAACAGUCUCCUCUGGCUUAUCACCUUCAAAAAACGGGACAAUAUGAAUUACUAAAGCACAGAAUAUAUACAUAUGAGUACUGCCAGACGUUGUGCAGAGAUGCUUAUUUGCUGAAGCAAUGUGAUUGUUCAGAAGAAAUAUCCCAAGGAAAUAGUAAAUUUUGUGAUCCGUGCAACAUCACUCAAGCUUUAUGCCGAACAAAUUUCUUGAGAAAAUUCAACAGAAACCCAAGAUCAAGAGAAUGCAAUAGAUUUUGCAAGCCCGCAUGCUCAGAUAUUCGAUAUGAUUUAACCGUUUCUCGUUCUGAGUGGCCAAACAGCCAGCAUCAAUAUUUUAUUUUAAAGAGAUGGCCAAUACUUCAGGAAAAAUUUGGACCUGGUGCAGCAGAUAGUAACUACAGCGAUGAAGACGAGGACCUUAAUCCUGUCGAUUUAAAAUAUAUUAAAUCAAAUUUUCUCAGAGUGCAUGUUUUCAUUCAAGAAAUGAACUAUCUAUCAGUAAAAGAUGUUCCAGCCUAUUCAACUUCUCAACUGUUUGCUGACCUUGGUGGGUGUCUAGGGCUUUACAUAGGAGUGUCAUUGCUAACAAUUUUGGAAGUUUUUGAAUUGUUCAAAAGCAUUUUCUUCAUUAUUCGAAGAAAAAUAUUUGCCAGAAUGAAACCUAAAAGAAGCAGCCAUAUUGGAAUGCACUGGGCAACCUCUCGUUCUCAGAAAAAUCAAUCCAGAAAUAGACAACAUGGCUUGACUAUGAGCAAAGGAAGGUUACAACAUCAAAGUGCUGGAUUUCAUCCUCAAUAUGCAUCUACACUUCGACAACUUCCAAGCCCAAUAUUAAUCAAAAGAAGUAGCAACAAUCCACCAGUAUUUACUUUAGCUUAGUAAUUGUAGGAGAAAAUGAAUAAUUCUUUUGCGCUC